AUAUGCCAGCUCCUGAAGAAGUUGACAUGCAGAAAUAGAUCUGGGUGUCAUCAGCAUACUGAUAACAAAAUCCCCUGAUGAUGUCUCCCAGUGGUUUCAUGUAGAUGUUGGAGAGAGUACAGAGCCUUGAGGGGACACCAUACUUAAACUCAGAUUUUGAAGAGCAACAGUCUCCAAUCGACACCAUCUGGAAUCUGUCCGAGAGAAAAACAAGACCACAGACCACAAACAAGAUUAAAUACCUGCAUUUAGGAAGGAACAGGACUCUGAAUUUAAGCGGACAUCCUGAUCAAAACUUGGGGGAAACCUAGUCUCGGAUUCAGAGGAUGACAACAAAGAUGGUGAGGAGUCUGGAGACCAAGUCCUAUGAGGAACGUUGAAGGACCCGGAAAAGAGAAGAUGAAGAAUGAAAUACGCCCAGUACACAUUCCUGGUGAUCCUCAUCGCCAUUAUUGACUAUUGUUUGGCGCAGCCUUCAUGUACAGUGGAAUCUUUCACCGUGAAGGAGGACUUUGACCCCAAGAGGUAUGCAGGCAAAUGGUAUGCCCUGGCCAAGAAAGACCCAGAAGGCCUAUUUCUGCAGGAUAACAUCUCAGCUGAAUACACCAUUGAGGAGGAUGGCACUAUGAUUGCAUCUUCCAAAGGCAGAGUUAAGCUUUUUGGAUUCUGGGUGAUCUGUGCUGACAUGGCUGCCCAAUACUCAGUACCUGACCCCACCACUCCAGCAAAAAUGUUCAUGAAUUACCAAGGCCUGGCGAGCUAUUUGUCAAGUGGAGGUGACAACUACUGGGUGAUUGACACAGACUACGAUAACUAUGCCAUCACCUAUGCCUGCCGCAGUCUAAAAGAGGAUGGAUCCUGCGAUGAUGGCUACUCCCUCAUUUUCUCCCGCAACCCCCGUGGUCUUCCCCCAGCAAUUCAGCGCAUUGUGCGCCAAAAGCAGGAAGAAAUCUGCAUGUCUGGCCAGUUCCAGCCUGUGCUACAGUCAGGGGCCUGUUAAAUCAAAAAGCCUCCAAUCCUGAGCUGGAGCAGAGGAGGAUUGAUCUCUGCAUCUUGAAUUGUAUUUCACAUAUAGUUUGGAUUAGAACUUUUUCUCCAAAAAAAUAAAUAAAUCUAAAUGUUGGGUUGUUUUAAUUUUAUUUUAAUUUUGCACUUAAGUGCAACACAUAACUUUGCUUGUCUUAACUCAAAUAAUUGUAUUACUGUAAUAUUUGUCAAUAAAUGUUUUUAAGUAAACUUUAAAA